AUGCUACAUUUUUAUGAUUGAUGUAAUAUUUUUUAUAUUCUUUACAGUAUUAAAAAUGAAAAACUUUAAUAAACAGUGAUGUCACGGAAAAAGAAGACGCCAAAAUAGCACCACAAAGAAUUUUUGUUAAAAACAUGACAUCAAGCAGGUGCAUUUCUCCACAUGCAGAACAUUCAUACAACCAAGAAAAUACAAAUCAAGAUGUUGAACUAAAUUUAUUUCAUGAUGAUUCUGAUGAGAAUGGUAAUACCGAGAAUGAUGACGAUGACAUUAUGGGUAUUCGGAGUCUAUUUGCAGAUUUACCUAGCAACCUUGACCAAACCAGGUCAAUGCAUAACAACACAGCCAGUCGGAUGAGCUUACGGAGGAGACAGUCUGUAAAACCACAAUCAAACAACAUUACAGGAUCUCCUAGAAAUGAAGUUGCUCCAUUGGAUACUAUGGACUUAGAAGACGGUGACAAGGACAUAGUGAAAUCUAUAGCUGCGCCAAUGUCUCAAAGAAAAUCAUUUAGGAGAAUACGUGAAUCAAGAAGACGAUCUGCAAGAUUAAAUAGAAGUAAACUAUCCUAUUGGAAGGCCUUGAAACUGCAAAUUGCAAUGAAAUGGACAUUAUUUAAAGUUCGCACAAAGGAUUUUUUUCUGUCACUGGUAUUGUGGAGAAGUUCUCUUAAAGUAAUUGAAGGCAAUUUUGGAAAUGGUGUGCUGUCUUAUUUUCUCUUCUUAAAAUCACUUCUAUUCCUAAACAUAGCGAUAUUUCUGGUUUUGUUUUGCUUCCUCGUUGUACCACAAAUUAUUAUUGACUAUGGACAUCUGAUUAAUUUGCAUAAUUUUACCAAUCCUGGUGUCAUAUCAAAAUGUCCAGAAGUUGAUAAAAACUUUUAUAAGAAUCGUUCUGGUGCAGAACAUAUAUUGGACUUUUUUACUGGCCAGGGUUAUGUGAACACAACCAUAAUGUUCUACAGUAAUUACCAUGGCCAGAUAGUUGUCAAUGACAAUGGAAACAAGUAUGAUAUGCCAUUAGCUUACAUGCUUGUUGGUGGAUCAUAUUUUAUCCUUAGUCUGCUGAUAAUGGUUAAAAACUUAGCCCAAGGAUUUACCGACAGUAUUAUAGAAAGUGGUGGCUUUUUUUAUUCGUACUGCAAUAAAGUGUUUGCAAGUUGGGAUUACUGUAUAACUAGCGAGAAAGCUGUUGCAUUAAAGUGUAGUUGCAUUCGGAAGGAUUUUAUUGCUGAAUUAGCUGAGGAAGAACGUCUUGAAAAAAUGAAGAACAGAACAAAGUGGCAACGUUUCAAAAUAUAUCUCCGUCGUCUGUUAAUCACAAUAGUAGUGAUGGGACUCUUAGCUGUAUCCAUAUAUGCUAUUAUAAAGGCUGUGGAAGUCUCCCAAGAUGUUACAUUAACAAGUGAAGGGAAUACAUUUAUUAUUACAAUGAAGCGUUGGGCAUCUUCACUGACAAUCAGUGUUUUAAAUCUAAUAAUGCCAUUAUUGUUUGAAGUUCUUACCGCGGUGGAAGAUUGGAGUCCAAGAGUUGAAGUUGCAAUGUCAUUAUGGAGGGCUGUGUUGUUAAAAUUGGCUUCAGUUGCCGUUUUGGUAAUCACGUUGUUUGCGUCGUAUAGUAAAGAUCAUGGUUGUCAACAGUGUUGGGAAAAUCUUGUGGCUGGCCAAAUGUUCAAUUUAAUAUUCGUUGACUUCUUUGUCGUUGUUGGAAUCACAAUCGUGGCUGAAACAGGAAGAAAAUACGUAUAUCGCUAUCUAGAUUGUGGUUGUGGACUUGGACAAAAAAUUGGAAUGCAGGAAUUUCAAAUACCCAAGAACGUGCUUGAUUUAGUCUAUGGACAAUCUCUUAUUUGGAUUGGUGCAUUCUUCUCACCGUUGCUACCCGUACUUGGUAUACUGAAGUUGUUUAUAUUGUUUUAUGUGAAGAAGAUCAGUCUCAUAUAUAACUGCAAACCUUCUACUCAACCAUACCAAGGUGCAAGAUCGAACUAUUUCUUUACAUUGCUGUUAUUGUUGACUUUCCUCUUAUGUACAGUUGCUAAUGGAUGGGGUGUCACAAAGAUUCCUACUUCUUGUUGCGGACCUUACAGUAACACACAAUGCGAUUCCGAGAAACAGAUGAUCGAUAUUAUUGGUGCUACGAUAAAUGAUUGGCCAAGAGCUUUUAAAGAUACCAUCAAUUUUCUGAAGACUGCAGUUUUCAUCUUUCCAUUAUUUAUUGUCAUUUUCUUAUUGCUGUACUACUAUCAUGCGAUGACAAAGGCUCAUGAGAAAAUGAUUAACAUGCUGAAGGACCAACUUAUAAUGGAAGGUAAAGAUAAGCGUUUCCUGAUGGAUAGACUUAUACGUGCCAGUGAACAAAAUAAAAUAACUGGAACCAUGAGAACAACGACGCAAGAAACUGUCCUCCAGUCAUAAUCAUUUUUAUCUUACUUAGCAAGUUACUAUUAAGUUUUACGUUAAUUAUUAGUUCAUAGUUACUCAAGUAACCACCGAGGUGUUUUUGGAAUUUACCAAAUCUACUUUCUCGUAUUUCUUUACGAAAUGGGUCGUAAAUUACGCAACGCGGUCGGUUGUUAGAGUAGCUACGAUAGAUUAUAAUAUAUGCCGCAUGUUUAUAGAAACAUCUUUUAUCAGUGGAAAGUAUAAAUGUUCAGUUUUAUAGCAGCCAUGAAGUUUGUUUAAGUUUGAAACAAUAAUCUUAGUGGAUUUGACACACACACUCGCAGCCGACAGACAAUCGAGGACAGGCAUAAACAUAGCACACAAUCGGGUACAAGAGUGAAUACUUUAGCGAAAGGUGAACGGUGUUUAUGUGAUUGAGAAAACUCAGUUUUUGUCGCACAAAUAUGCUCAUUCUAACUCAAGAGGAUACCAUUGUCUUUAUACAAGAGUUGUAAAAUAAUUGCUUGUCCUAGAAUAAGUUGUGGCAGCUAGAUGUAAUUUCAUUUUAAUACAUGCCACCCUGGAUAAAGAAAUGAUCAGUAAGAUUGGAUUGUUUGCACCGAUAUCAUAAUUUAAAACGUUGAUUUAAAAAAAUAUUUAUUUUUUAUAGUAAGUUAUUUCAAAAAUAAUUUAACAAUUUUGUGACCAGGUUCGUUUUAGACCUGGAAUGAGAUUGUUAUAGGGUGGGAGGGCUGUGUUUUUAUGGGAGUAGCACGUUUAGAAAAUUUUAUAUUGCUUAAAGCACUAUUUUUAGAAUGCGAUAGUUAUUGUAUAUAACCAAGUUGAUACAAUCUUGUUUUGAAGUCUAAGUAAAAUGCUAAUCUCUAUACACAGGUCAGAGUUUGUCACUUAUUUGAGUUAAAGACUAUUUGCUAUACACAGAUCCGAUUUGUGUGUUGCGUUGCUGUUAUUGUUUUCGUCAACCUAUAAAUUUUAUUGCACAUUGUACAGUUUACAAGGUUCUCAUUUUUCUUUGUUAAAAUGUUUUUCUAACGAUUUGUUUGUACGGAGUAACUAAUUUUUUAAUGAUUUCACGUGAUAAUUAACACUGUAAAUAUAGAAGAAUAUAUUUUGGAUAAUCACUAACUAAA